GACCAGGACCAGCCGGAAACUGUAGGCAGUUGGACGGCCUUCGGGGCGGCCACACCGGCUACCAGGAGGUGGCUGGAAAAGCUGCAGACGCUCUCCGGUGCGGGACAUCUUCGGAAGAGCUACUGUGGAGCGCUGGAUUUCGAGGCUCCACGUCUGUCUUGGAUGGAGGAUGAUCGCCCCGAGAAGGCACUGGAGCCGACCUCGCCGAAAAGCGAAGGUGCUGCUCUUCUAGGAGCAUCUGAGGACGAAGAUGUGUUUGCGACCUGGGCCCGGUUACGGCCAAGCUUCUGCGCUGCCCUGCAGGCCGCAAAGCCCUCGGAACGUGCGAAGAGCGAUGCGGCCGAUAUGGGCAGGAACGAACAGGACACCGAGGCUAACAAGCUGCAAAUGCUCAGCCCCUUCUUUUCUAUUGCCAAUUGCUUGCGCGUGGGAGAAAGGGCUGGUGCCCCUGCGGCUGCCCGCGAUAGCACGGCUGCGGAUGACCGGGCAGAGCGUCUGCAGCAACUGCGCAACAUGGCGAAGGUUGAGCUGGAAGAGGCUACAAAGGCACGGCGCAACUGCGGGGUGCAGGAAUCGCACUUGCGAGAACUGGAGGAGCACUCUGAUCGCCGGGCUGCAGAGAGCCAGCAAUUGCAAGCUGAGCAGCAGGAGAUGGCGCAGGCAUCGAAGGCUGUGCAGGUUCUGCAGCAAGCGCUCCACCAGCGGGAGGUGGAGCACCGGACCUUUGAGCUGGAAGAGCACCAGCUGCAGGCAGCUGCGAUGAAGCUUAGCAUGCUCCAAGCCGCACGGGAGGGGGAGGAGGCACACCACAAGAUGGCAGAGGCAGCAUGUGCAGAAGAGAGAAGGUUGGAAGAGCACUUCAGCAGCCAGAAGGCACUGCAGGAAAGCGCUGUGGAGCAGCUGAACACUGAGGUGGAGGAGCUGGUAGCUCGACGGCGUCGCCUCCGGGAGAAGGGAGAAUCUCGACAGAACCUGUACUGGGAGGCGGCUCCGUUUUUGACGGUGGGGGAGGAGAAGCUGUGGCGCCAGAGGAAGGAGCUGAAGUCCUGCCACCGAGACAUCUCCAGGUUGCAGGAGGAAGUCUCCCGAAGCGAAGUACGGGAGCGAGCUCGGCGAAGUGCCGCAGAGAACGUAGCAGAGUCGGAGCAGCAGGCUCACGACUGCGAGAAAGCGAGGCGAGAGCAGAGUUUGCGGGAGCUGCUAAGCCUGCAGCGGCUGUCCUCUGAAGUGGAUGAGACUUGGCCUACGAUUGACUGCCCUGAAGCUGGUCAGAACUCUGAGAUGGAUGACCUGCAAGAGACGAAUCUGCGUCUCCAAGAGCAGGUAGCAUCCUUGAAGGCCCUGGCAGAAAGGUUCCAGCCAACAGCCAGCGAGAGCUUUGCGGAUGUAUUGUGGGGUGCUGGGAAUCGGGUGAUCUCGCAGAUGAAGGAGGCACUAAGGACCGACCUAGCGCUGACAGAGCAGCUCCAGGUCACGAAUAAGGAGCUCGAGGAUCGCUGCGACCGUGAGCGGCGCCUUCGUGCUGAGCUGGAGGAGCGACUGAAAGAGCCCAGAGAGGCAGAUGUCAGCGCAACUAUUGCGGAAUUUCUCCGUGCUGAGCCGCGCACGCCUUGGAAUUCAGAAAGCCGAGCAUAG